AUGCUUUAUGGAACUUCUUUGAAGAUUCCAGGAGAAUUUUUCAUAGAAGAUCUUCCAGCUGAUCCAGAAAUUUUUGUGGAAAAACACCAAAUUCAUAUGAGAGAAAUCAAGUCUCAACCUACUGCGCACCAUCACAAAAAAACACCUUUUUAUCACAAGAAUUUAUUUGAUUGCACGCAUGUUUGGAUUCGUGUAGAUUCUGUUAAAAAAUCUCUUCAACCACCUUACAAUGGUCCUUUUCGUGUUGUAAAUAGGAUUAAUAAUAAUCUUUUCACUGUCGAUGUUUCAGGAAAACUUACUGAUGUCUCUACUGAACGGCUGAAGCCAGUAUUUUUGCCUAAAGAGGUAGACUCUGAUCCAGUUACUUCAAGUUCCACUGCGCCUUUAACUACUUCUCAUGGAACUCUGAAAACGUAUUCUGGUCCCAGGAAACAAGUACGUUUCGCAACAUAG